AGCUCCAGGACUCAAACAUCAUUUCACAAACCACAGCCCAAACCUUGACUCUGUUCGAAGUCGGUCUUAUCUUGAAAGCUCCUACCCCAUACACUCCCUUUCGAAUCCGACAAGAUGGUGGGCAAGAAAUCGGGGAAGGCGCUCUUGCGCGAGGAAGGACUCCAACGUACAGACAACAACAUGAAGCAAUCGAGUUGGCCAGAAGUGCCAAUGAUCAACCAGAAGAAUUACUACACGGAGUACAUGAAGCGGGAUGAUCAGAUCCUCCCAUUCCGCCUCCAAAAUGACGCCAAUCGGGAUAGAAUGAUCCGCAACGCCAAAGACAGAGACCGAGAACUCGCACGCACAGGAACCACCGACGUCCCAAUCCCCACCAACGCCGACGGCGACGAAGAUGGAGAUGAGGCAGGCGACGGGGCGGACUUCUCCAAGAUCAUUGUCAUCCACCCUGGCAGUCAGAACCUCAGGAUAGGUCUCGCGAGCGAUGCCCUGCCCAAGAGCAUUCCUAUGAACAUAGCCUGUAAAUGGAAGGAAAGCGAGUCGCAGGAGUACGAAGCGCGGCCAAAACGCCAGAAGUUAGAUGGUACGCCAGAACAGCUCUUUGGAGAGGAGUUCUCGAAGAGGAUUACGAAGAUGGCGAAUGCGCUGAAGGUUGACAUGCGCGCAAAUAAGUUCAAGGUUCUGCCGAACUCGAAGGAACUGGUUAUCAACUUCAAUCGACGGGCUGUGCCUGAGAAGAUUCCGGAACAUAAUGAUCCUAUUCGGAUUGAGUGGACGGAUGUCGCGAAGGAUGAUAAGAGUACGGCUUCGUACUUUACUGGUAUGGAGGCUCUGAGGAUUCCGGACGACUCCGAUCCUCCUUACAAGAUGUUUUGGCCAAUCCAGCAAGGAUGGUUUCACGAAAACGAUUACCUGACCAAAGAGCACUUGUUUGAUGACUUUGAAGCUGUCGUAGAAUCAGCCAUACGGAAGGAGCUCGGCUUGACACAUAGCUUGGAGUGGGAGCAAAUGAGUUGCGUUAUUGUCAUACCGGACCUAUACGACAAACGAUAUGUUGAACAAAUUCUGGAGAUGUGUAUGACUGGAUUUGGAUUUAAGCAAGUUGCUUUCGUCCAGGAAAGUUUAGCCGGGACCUACGGUGCUGGUUAUACCAGUGCUUGUAUUGUUGAUAUUGGGGCUCAGAAGACUUCCAUAUGCUGUGUCGAGGAUGGCAUGUGCAUUGAAGAUUCGAGAAUCAACCUGAAGCAGGGUGGCGCCGAUGUCACGGACACCUUCAUAAAAAUGAUGCUACACGAUCACUUCCCAUACUCCGAUAUCAAUCUCAAGCGCAGAUAUGAUUUCUUGCUUGCCGAGGAGCUCAAAAUAAGUUACUGCACACUUAACUAUUCCGAAAUUGCAGGUCGAACGCACGACUUCCAUCUUCGGGUUCCGAAUCAGCCAACACACAAGUACCAAUUUAAGACGUAUGACGAAGUCAUCAUGGCUCCCAUGGGUUUCUGGGAUCCAUCCCUGUUCGAUAAUAGCCAUAAACUGGUUGGUCGUCGAAAGUUCAUUGACCGUUCAUACAAUGCGUAUGAUGUCGACAUUCCAGAUGACCCUUCAUCUGCAGCCCAGCUUGCCAUAUUGACUAGCAUCAAGCCCUCAAUCGCCACGACAGCAAACGGAUUCUCCAUGAAUGGCAAUGCUGAACUAGCCACUCCAUCCAAGGAGAAGCCCAAUCCGUUUCUCUCCCGUAUGGAGAGCGAAACCAACGGCUAUUCCCGUGUCACCUCAGCAGCCGGAUCCCCAGCACCAGAAGGAGCAAAUACUCCCAUCCCAUCCGGCCCGGUCGUAUUCGGCGGGAACGGUACAAACGGCGGCUCUCCAGGGCCAAGCGGUAAUCCCUAUCAAUUUGGGAACGGAACUCACAACAGCGGUACUCCAAUCCCCCCUGGAAUGUUCGUCGACCAACACGCUCGCACUCAAAAAGAUCUCGCCAUCGAGCGUGACUCAAUCCUUCCCAUCGCCCCUCUCGACCAAGCCAUCCUUACAAGCAUCACGCACGCCGCUCGUGGCGACGAGAAGAAACUGCGUGACUUCGCUGGCGGUAUUAUGGUUAUUGGCGGCGGAUCCAAAACACCUGGCUUCGGACCAUUCCUCGAGGAGAAACUCAAAGCUAAGAGACCUGAUCUCGCUGAGAAGCUGCUCGUGGGCUCGGCACCUAGGGAUAUGGAUGGGCAGGUUGUGGUCUGGAAGGGAGCUAGUGUUUAUGCGAGGAUGACGACGCAUGAGAGUUGGAUGGGAAGGUUGGAGUAUGAGAGGUUGGGGAGUCGGGUCUUGCAUCAUAAGGUUCUGUGGAACUACUGAUGGAGAUGCAAAAACUUGAUGUUUGGACUGAUGGGAGGAUGUGAGGUUCUCUUGGGAUCUAGGCGUUGGUUAGUUGGUAUGAAUCACAUACAUGCAUGCAUGGCGUUUUAGGGCGAAAAGCGGUAUCUUUGAUAAGGAUGGGUGGAUCAGGCGUUUGGAGCUGGAAUGGGAAAUUCAAAUCAGAUGUAGGGACUGGACUGUUGGAUGGACAUGUAAAAUUUAUCAUUGGCGGAAAAGUUUGGGGCGAGAGAAACAAGUUUAGAUGUGUGGAUCGAGAUGAAAAGUUAGGAAUAGCUACAGCAUUGUCUAAGUAACAGAGUCUAGGUAGUUAGCAGAAGCAAUGAAUAGACAUGAGAUAUCUCCAGCCUA